CUGGCAUGAGCUCUAAUGACCCUGACAAAGCUGAUCUGCUACCUAACUAUGAGCUUCCAUGGAAUACACUAUUCCAUCUGGUUAUUGAAUCUGUUCUCCCAGAAAUCCAUUCUCUGGAGACUUGGCCUGAUAUGGAGAUAGCUGUGAUCAAGGGCAGGGGAUAUAUAUUGAGCUGAAUAUACUCGGUGAAAAGUGGCAGUUCUCAAUAUAAUAGAUAACGUGUGCAGGUCUCCUUUAAUACUGCGCCGAGGUCAAU